GUAACACUCUGGUCUGCUCUUUUCACUUGUUCCUUCAUCGCUCUGCGCUUUCCUCGGACUUGAUUCGACGCCACGAUGAUAAAGGCUUUGAGUCGGGGAUUACUACCUCUCUUGCUGCUGGUUUAUUCUGGCAAUCUGUUAGGAAGUGCUAUUGCUGCCACUGCCUUGCAACCCAGAGGAGACCUGCAUUUCCCAUUGGAAGCUCGAGGUACUGACAAGGAUGGUUCCCUGCCUAUCUACAAAAAUCCAGGAGCAUCUAUCGAGGCGAGGGUCGAUGAUUUGCUACCUCGCAUGACGGUAGAAGAAAAGGUGUCUCAAAUCAUUCAAGGUGAUAUGAAUGGCUGGAUGAAUUUCAACGACCCUCUUGACAACACCCUCACUUUCAACGCUUCGGGCCUUGUAGAAAUGAUGGGUCUCAAAGCGGGGUCAAUCUGGGGAGGAUAUCUUGCUCCUUGGGAAAAGAUUGCCUUUGGUAUCAAUGUCGGACAGAAGUACCUGAUGGAGAACACCACUCUCGGUAUACCUGCGCUUUUCCAGACUGAGGGCUUGCAUGGGUUCACCGACAAUGGCACUAUAUGGCCUUCACCGAUCGGACUGGCAGCUUCAUUCAACACUGAUCUAUUGCAACAAGCCGCUGCUACAAUAGCAGAUGAAGCAGAAGGCCUUGGCUACUCCCAUGUCUUUGCGCCAGUCUUGGACCUAUCGAGAGAGCUUCGUUGGGGCAGAGUCGAAGAGAACUUUGGAGAAGACCCAUUCUUGACUGGUGAAAUGGGCCACGCGUAUGUAACAGGCCUUCAGUCGGGUCGACGGCGGAAUGUCAGUUCCACUGCGAUCGCCCGAAUGGCGGCUACCUGUAAGCACUUUGCUGCUUUCGGAAGUCCUCAGGGAGGGUUAAACAUCGCUCAAGUCUCUGGCGGAGAGCGGGAGUUGCGGACAAUGUUCUUGAAACCCUUCAAUAGGGCGUGUGUAGACAGUUUGUCCAUCAUGACCGCGUACUCCAGUUACGACGGGAUUCCAGCUAUUGCCAACUCUCACAUGCUUGUGGACAUUCUUCGCAAUGAAUGGGGCUACAACUAUUGGGUCACAAGCGACGCAGGUUCCGUCGACCUGCUUAUUUCUACCCAUGGUACUUGCGAUACCCGCGAAUGCGCUGCCAAGACUGCUCUCGAGAAUGGCCUCAGCGGAGAGAUGGGCGGCGGCACUUACACAUACCUUACCUUACCUGAUCAAAUAAGCAGCGCGGCGGUUGAUGUGAAAGCUCUUGAUACAACCGUGGCUGCGAUGCUUCGUACAAAGUUCUCGUUGGGCCUCUUCGAGAAUCCUUAUCCGUAUGCUGACUUCGACUCCACGCUCCGAACGUCGAAGACACGUGCCCUCCUCCACGAUAUGGAGAGGGAAACCAUCGUUCUACUUGAAAACAGGCAGAAUACGUUGCCUCUGAGCAAAACGAUCGAAUCUAUUGCUGUGAUCGGGCCUCAAGCAGAUCGCGUUUCAUUUGGGGACUAUGUCUUCUUUAAUGCUGCUCUCAAUGGCAUAUCGCCCUUAGCCGGCUUGAAACAGCAUUUGGCAAAUACCUCUGUAAAGAUCAAUUAUGCAGAAGGAUCCAAGUUAUGGUCAAACGAUGUCUCUGGGUUCGAUGCUGCAGUGACUGCUGCCAAGUCCUCUGACGUAGCUGUGGUCCUAGUUGGUACAUGGUCGUUGGACCAAACGCUACUCUGGACGCCCGGCACGAAUGCGACGACUGGCGAACAUGUUGAUGUUUCUAGUUUAGCUCUGGUCGGUGCGCAGCUGAAAUUGGUGCAAGCCGUUAAAGCGACGGGUAAGCCGACCAUUGUGGUUCUCGUCAGUGGAAAACCAGUGGCAGAACCUUGGAUACAACAACAUGCCGAUGCCGUCAUCCAACAGUUCUAUCCCGGUGAACUUGGUGGUUUUGCCCUUGCCGAGGUUCUCUUUGGAGAUGUAAACCCCUCUGGCAAACUUCCCGUCUCUUUUCCACGGAGCGUAGGGACUACGCCUGUCUUCUACAACUACAUCAAAGGCAGUAGACCUAUUGAUGCUGGUCACAUCGGAGAUGAUGGUACCUUAGCAUUCGGUCAUCAAUAUGUCCUGGAUAGUCCCGUACCAAUCUGGAACUUUGGCCAUGGCCUCAGCUAUACCACUUUCAAUUAUACCAAUUUGAAACUUUCAAAGUCAACGAUUGGGCGGGACGAAAGCGUCUCCAUCUCCGUCACGGUUCACAAUACAGGAAGGAUCCAGGGCAAGGAAGUGGUCCAGGUUUACUCAACCGACGUCGUGAGUUCUGUCGCCACGCCAAAUCAGGAACUCGUCGCCUUUAAAAAGGUUGACCUUGAAGCUGGUGCCUCUACUACUGUGACGAUGACAGUCGUGUCUUCACAACUUGCAGUAUGGUCUCAGAAGAAUUCAUGGGUGAUAGAGUCCGGCAAGUUCAUCGUCAAGAUUGGCACAAGCGAUCAGACAUUUUUAAGUACCUCAUUGAACGUGCAAUAGCAUCGUAACGUCUCGAUCAUAAUAUAACCUAGUUCCUCAUCCGCUAUUAUAUACAUGGUAUCUCAAUCCAAGGG